GUGUGUGACAUGUCCAGUUACGGAUAAACAUAAAAGUGUUUAAAAAAGCACAUUACUGAAAAUUGCCAAAGUUAACAGUGUUAUAAAGCGAAUGUUUACGUGUAGAGACUCGAAUCGGCACAUCUGUCACGCAAAACCCUUCAUUAGUGCAAAUGCGUACAAAGAAUCGUUCAAUAUCUGUUAGUUCAACACGUCACAAGUCAUGAUCCCUCUUUUCAAGGGUUUUAACUGAUUCAACCACCAGUAGAUUAAUGAUGCAAUCGAACUCUAAAACCAAAGAAAUGUUCAUCUUGCGAGCGCUGGAAAAGAUCCUCAAUGACAAGGAAAUCAAGAGGUCACACCAUUCGCAGCUGAAGCGGGCCUGCGAGGUGGCUCUUGAGGACAUCAAGAAGGAAGUGAAGGAUGAAACUCCAGACGGAGAGAAAGUUUCCGACGCUCUCCCGAUGCCAAAAAGUGGCGAAGUCAACGUCCUCACCACCGAAAAAUACUUCCUGCCUUUUGAACUUGCAUGCCAGAGCAGAUCGGCCCGGAUUGUCGUUACGGCCCUGGAUUGUUUGCAAAAACUGAUCGCCUACGGACACCUCACAGCCAACGUCCCGGACUCAACCACUCCCGGAAAGCUCCUGAUUGACCGAAUUGUCGAAACGAUCUGUGCCUGUUUUACGGGGCCCCAGACCGACGAGGGGGUGCAGUUGCAGAUAAUCAAGGCGCUGCUGACUGUCGUCACGAGCCAACAUGUGGAGGUCCAUGAAGGGACCGUUCUUUUGGCUGUUCGGACGUGUUACAAUAUUUUCCUAGCGAGUAAAAAUCUCAUCAAUCAGACCACAGCAAUUGCCACUUUGACACAAAUGCUUAAUGUUAUUUUUACUCGAAUGGAGAAUCAAGCACUCGAUGCUGAAGUACAAUCUGAAAUUCAAUUGAACAGUUCUUGUAAUGGGAUUGAUACGAAGUCGGUCAAGUCGUUGAAAAUUGAAGACAGUGUGGAGGGUAAGGAGGAAAUUGAUCCCGGGAGUGUGGAAGUGGUCAAUGAAAUUCUGGACGGGAUUAUCAGUGAUGUUAUCACGGAAGUGGAGCAUAAAAAAAUUGCGGAGCAGAUUAACGAAGGCAGUCUGUCGUCAAUCCAUAGAGUCCCCUCGCAAGAAAGCAUGGACACCCACAGCGAGAACGACUCCGCCGUGACCGCCAAAUUCACGCACGUCCUCCAGAAGGACGCUUUCCUGGUAUUCCGCGCCCUCUGCAAGCUCUCUAUGAAACCGCUCCCCGAAGGCACCCCCGACCCCAAAUCGCACGAACUCCGUUCAAAAAUCCUCUCCCUCCAACUCCUCCUUUCAAUCCUCCAAAACGCCGGUCCCGUAUUCCGCUCCAACGAAAUGUUCAUAACCGCCAUCAAGCAAUACCUCUGUGUUGCCCUUUCAAAAAACGGCGUCAGCUCCAUUCCCAAAGUAUUCGAACUGUCCUUGGCCAUCUUCCUCGCCUUGCUCUCCAACUUCAAAAUGCACCUCAAGAUGCAAAUCGAGGUCUUCUUCAAGGAGAUUUUCCUCAACAUUCUGGAAACCACCAACUCUUCGUUCGAGCACAAAUGGAUGGUCAUCCAAGCCCUGACCCGGAUCUGUGGCGAUGCCCAGUGUGUUGUGGAUAUCUAUGUCAACUACGACUGUGAUUUGGCCGCGGCCAACUUAUUCGAACGUCUAGUCAACGAUUUGUUCAAAGUCGCGCAAGGGCGGCAUUCGGUGGAAUUGGGGGCUUCCCCCAACCAAGAGCGCGCGAUGAAAAUGCUCGGCUUGGAGUGUCUUGUCUCGAUUUUGAAAUGCAUGGUUGAAUGGAGCAAGGAUUUGUACGUCAACCCCAAUCUCCAGUCAACUGUAGGGGAAGCCCCGAUUAAUAACAACGGAAGCGACAACGCCUCCCUAAAAUCACACGGCGGUUCCACCACAAGUCUGCAUUCAAGCGACUGUUCAAGUGGCGGUAAUAAGGAAAUCCUCGACUCGCCUGAACAACUCGAAGUCCUCAAACAACAAAAGGAAGUAUGGGAGACCGGAAUCGAGUUGUUCAACCGCAAGCCACGCAAAGGCGUCGCCUUCCUGCAAGAGCACGAACUUUUAGGCACAACCCACCAAGAAGUGGCCAAGUUUUUGCACAACGAAGACCGUCUAGACAAGACUUUCAUUGGCGAUUUUUUGGGCGACAAUGACGAUUUUUGCAAGGAAGUCAUGUACACGUAUGUCGAUCAAAUGGACUUCGGGAACAUGGAAUUUGUGGCUGCGCUUCGCUACUUUCUGGAAGGCUUCCGCUUGCCGGGCGAAGCCCAGAAAAUCGACCGUCUGAUGGAGAAGUUUGCCAGUCGCUACUGUGAGUGUAACCCCAAUAAUGGGCUUUUUGCAAGCGCUGACACCGCUUACGUGCUGGGCUUCUCCAUUAUUAUGCUAACAACUGACUUGCACUCCCCCCAAGUUAAGAACAAGAUGAGCAAGGAGGAAUAUAUCAAAAUCAAUCGGGGGAAUACCGACAGUAAGGACGUACCAGAGGAGUACUUGUCGCAGAUUUAUGACGAAAUCGCCGGGCAUGAAAUCAAAAUGAAAAAUACGGUCAAUAAGCCGGGGAAACACCAAAUCAAUAGUGAAAAACGCCGCAAGAUUUUGUUCAACAUGGAAAUGGAAGCGAUUGCCACGGCUGCCAAAAACCUGAUGGAGUCUGUCUCGCACGUGCAAGCCCCCUUCACACUGGCCAAACACUUGGACCACGUGCGCCCAAUGUUCAAGACUUCCUGGACGUCCUUUCUAGCCGCCUUCAGUGUGGGGUUGCAAGAUUGUGACGAUCCUGAAGUUGCAACUUUGUGUCUUGAUGGCAUCCGGUGUGCCAUCAGAGUGGCUUGUAUUUUCCACAUGUCACUAGAGCGUGACGCCUAUGUCCAGGCUUUGGCCCGCUUUACACUCUUGACCACAAACUCGCCAAUUAUGGACAUGAAGGCCAAAAACAUCGACACGAUUAAAACCCUAAUCAUGGUCGCACACACCGAUGGCAAUUAUCUCGGAUCGAGUUGGCUUGAUAUUUUGAAAUGUAUCUCGCAACUGGAGCUCGCCCAGUUGAUCGGCACCGGAGUUAGACCGGAGUUUCUCUCGCAUAAGCCGCCGGAUUCGACGUCGAAGGAGCACAUCGGACAGACGAGUUCGCAGAGUGUUGUCGUGGCCGUUGACCGGAUUUUCACCGGAUCGACGAGGCUUGAUGGCGACGCGAUCGUCGAUUUUGUGAAGGCGCUGUGUCAGGUGUCGUUGGAGGAGUUGGCCUAUGUGGGGCAUCCCCGGAUGUUUUCGUUGCAGAAAAUUGUGGAGAUUUCCUAUUAUAAUAUGGGGAGGAUCAGGUUGCAGUGGUCGAGGAUUUGGCAGGUUUUGGGGGAGCAUUUUAAUACAGUGGGCUGUAAUACCAACGAGGAGAUUUGUUUCUUUGCGGUGGAUAGUUUAAGACAGCUGUCCAUGAAGUUUAUUGAGAAGGGGGAGUUUCCGAAUUUUCGCUUCCAGAAGGAUUUUCUAAGGCCGUUUGAGCAUAUCAUGAAGAAGAAUGUGUCGCCGACGAUCAGGGAUAUGGUGGUUCGUUGUGUGGCCCAGAUGGUGAACUCCCAGGCCAGCAACAUAAAAUCCGGCUGGAAGAACAUCUUCUCGGUGUUCCACUUGGCCGCCAGCGACCAGGAGGAGUCAAUCGUCGAGCUCGCUUUCCAAACAACCGGCAAAAUCAUCACCGAACUCUACGACAAGCAGUUCGCCUCCAUGAUCGACUCGUUCCAAGACGCCGUCAAGUGCCUCUCCGAAUUCGCUUGCAACGCCCGUUUCCUGGACACCUCCAUGGAGGCGAUCCGCCUGGUGCGCUCCUGCGCCAACAGCGUCAGCUCCUGCGCCCACCUCUUCGCCGAGCACGCCGGCAUGGAGAACGACGUCACCGUCGCCGAGGAGGACCGCAUCUGGGUGCGGGGCUGGUUCCCGCUGCUCUUCUCCCUCUCGUGUGUGGUGAAUCGGUGCAAGUUGGACGUGCGGACGCGCGCUUUGACCGUUCUUUUCGAAAUAAUCAAAACCUACGGCGACACGUUCGCGAGUCACUGGUGGAAGGAUUUGUUUAAGAUUUUGUUCCGGAUUUUCGAUAAUAUGAAGCUGCCCGAACAGCAUACGGAGAAGGCCGAGUGGAUGACGACCACUUGUAAUCAUGCCUUGUACGCGAUUGUUGACGUUUUCACGCAGUAUUUUGACGUUUUGGGACCGCUGUUGUUAGAUGAGUUGUACUCGCAGUUGCAUUGGUGUGUGUUACAGGAUAAUGAACAGUUGGCCAAGUCGGGGACCAAUUGUUUGGAGAAUUUGGUUAAUUCAAAUGGACAUAAGUUUGAUGAGGUCACGUGGGACCGCACGUGCCGUUGCAUGCUGGACAUUUUCGACUCGACAGUCCCCACAGCCCUCUUGACCUGGAAGCCCGAAUGGAUGAAGACAACAGCCGUAAUCGAACAAAACGGCGAUGUUAAAGGCAUUCUUAAAAAACCACCAACCUACGACCGAACCAAUUCGGACGCCACUCUGUUCAAUAAACUGGCAAUCAAGAGUGCGGUCCAGCUGGAACUGAUUCAAACCAUUGACAACAUCGUCUUCUAUCCAGCAACUUCACGGAAAGAAGACGCCGAAACUUUGGCACUAGCUGCAGCCGACAUGGCCGGAAACGGUUCCUUGACCGAGUGCCAAAGGGAGGAACAGGGGAUGUACCGAGUUUUGACAUCACCGCAUCUUUUACAGUUGACUGAUUGUCUCCUCCAGUCGCACAGAUUUGCCAAAGCGUUUAAUCUCGACCACGAGCAGAGGAAUUUGCUGUGGAAGGCGGGGUAUCGAGGUUCGACUAAACCGAAUUUGAUGAAACAGGAAACGCAUAGUUUGGCUUGUUCGUUAAGGAUUCUGUUCAAAAUGUAUUGUGAUGAGAGUCGAAGGCAGCACUGGUCGUUGAUUGAGACGAAAUUGAUUGGAGUGUGUCAGGAGGCGUUGGAUUAUUUUUUGAAGUUGCAAAGUGAGGCACAUAGGGAGGAGUGGACCAUGUUGUUGUUGUUGGUGUUGACGAGACUGCUUAAAAUGCCAGACGAUAGGUUCGCCGUGCACGUGUCGAGAUAUUACCCCCUUCUGUGCGAAAUCGUCUGUUUCGAUCUCAAAGCCGAGCUCAGGUCCAUCCUGCGACGAGUUUUCCUGAGGAUAGGACCGGUGUUUCACAUCACGACGGCACAGUGACUAAAGUGAUUUUACCAUUUAACCUGAAUUUUUUAUCAAUGUUACAAGUUUAUUAUUUAUUUAAAAAUCCUAAACUUUAAGUAACCGUUUUGUGUGUAUUUUUAUCAUUCUCUCAACUUAAUCGCUUACUAGGAACACCUCUGAACGAACAGUGAGACUCAGCUUACGUCGUAGAAAUGAUCAUUCCUUGCAUGAAGUGAUUUUUAGGAGCCAAUAAAUACUACAAAAGUAUAAGUUACGUGCCUUCAAUCAAAUUAUUUAUGUAUGAUAAUUGUAAUUAGUCAUUCGGUAUGUGGUUAUGUUAAUGUGUACUAUCAUCUGUUAUAAAUAGCAAACUCGUGUAAAUAAUCAUGAAAUACUACUUUAUUUAGUCAUAUUCGCUACUGUUAUACAAUAAUAAAAGUAAAUAUAUCAUUA